UGUCUAGACAUUUUCCGAAAUCAAGCUUACGGGAAUUGCCGAUUUUGGGACACGCUGCUAGCUUCCUUGGAGAUUGCAUAGAUCUCAUGAGGAGUUUCGAACAGGUUGGCCGUGACGCUCUGGCCAAUGAUGGGAUCGUGAGCAUAUGGUUGGUCAAUAAAUUGAUAGUGGUUCUAGCAGAUCCAAAUGAUAUAGAAGUAGUAAUGAAGGAAUGCCUCGACAAGGAUAAAAUAAACGACGUCGCGAAAGAUCUCGUCGGAUCAGGGAGUAUUAUUGCACCAGCAUUAAUAUGGCGUCCUCGUCGCAAGAUCCUCGCUCCAACGUUUGCUCCUAAAACUCUUAACGGCUACGUCCAAAUAUUUGUCAAGCAGAGUGAUAUAUUUUUGGACAUUCUAUCCAAUAGCGAGGGCAACGGUGAUCUUUCUAUAUUCGAUAAGGCCACUAGGUACUCCAUGGAUUCUAUUUGUGAAACCACAUUAGACACAGAUAUCAAGUGUCAAAGCCAGCCCGACCAUCCGGUGUUAGAAUCUUUUGCCACUUUCUGCAAACUGGUGGUCCUCCGCGCCGCGAGACCUUGGUACCACUCUGAUCAGAUCUACAAAUGGUGCUCCGACUACCCUCAUUUCCAGAAUUCGAUCGCAGUUUUGAAACAAUUUAUCAAGGAGAUUAUAGCAUCAAAACGAGAACAAUUGACGAAAAUAGAUAAGAAAGUCAUCAAGGUCCAAAGUCUACUGGACCUGCUGAUGUCAUCCGAUGACGGCAAGGGUUUCUCAGACUUGGAGCUGCAGGAGGAGACGCUGGUGGUGGUGCUAGCCGGGACGGACACGUCUGCUGCCGGGGCCUCCUUCGCAGCUCUGCUGAUGGCCAAACAUUCUGAUGUUCAGGAGAAGGUUUAUCGAGAGUUAAUGGAUGUUCUCGGAAAUCGGCCAGUUCAAGCGGAAGAUCUACCAAAGCUGAAGUAUUUGGAGGCAGUUCUGAAAGAGACGCUCCGACUGUACCCGCCGGUGCCUCUCCUCUUCAAGAAAUCACAAAAUAAUCUCAAAUUGUCAUCAGAAGUGACUCUUCCAUCUGACCUGACCAUCGCAGUUAAUAUAUGGGCCCUUCACCGCAACAUAAAGUACUGGGGUGAUGAUGCUGAGAUCUUUAGACCUGAGCGGUUCUUCGGGAAUACUCCGACGCACCAAUAUGCUUACGUACCUUUUGGUAAAGGGCCUAGGAUGUGUCUUGGUGCAAAUUACGCCAUGCUGUCCAUGAAGACAGUCUUGGCGUCGUUGGUGCGUCGGUUCCGACUGCUGCCGCCCACUGCCGGGUUCGAAGCUGGGGAGUUGCCCACCAAAUUUGAGAUAAUGUUGAAGCAUGUUGGCAACUUUGAACUGCAGCUUGCACGAAGGAUAAAGGACUGAAAUAUUAUCUACACAUACAUAAAAUCACGCAUUUUUCCCGGAGGGGUAGGCAGAGACUACAUCUUUCCACUUGCCACGAUCUCUGAAUACUUCC